UUUUUUUAAUUUAGACUUAUUAAAAUGUUAUUUCAGCACUUUUAUAUGCGUUUUAGAAGUCUGAAUGCAUUUGCUUUACAUUACUUUAACCACAGCAAAAUUACUGUCAUUUCACAUCUUGAAAUCAGUGAUGUGGACCAUCACAAAUCAAGCACUGCUGCUAUCCAUUCAGUGCCCAAAACUCUUUGUUUGCGCAUCAUACUCCUCCUCCUUCCCCAACCCCAGUCCCACCCUUACAUGGCAUAUUCAAAAGAGGAGGGGGGGGCAAAUAUGGCUAAAUAAAUGUGUUCCUUACCAUUGCACAUCUUCAUGGUUCCAGAAUAUUCUUUCUCUUUCUUCAUGCCUGCACAAACUGCCAAGUUCUUGUGUGUAUAUGUGAGUUCAUUUUUCCCCUCCACUCUAAUUGCAGGUGCUGUCAGUUACUAACUAAACUGCCUCUUGCCAUUGAUGGAUAUCCAUACCCAGUCAGUGUCCAAAACAUUAUCUACCCAUCACAUUCCUCUUCUCCCCUCCCCCCCUCCCCAACCCCUGCCCACUCUCAGAUGGGAGAGACAAAAGGAGGGGAAAUAAAAAAUAGCUAAGUAAACAUGUUUCUUACCACUUCACAGUUUUAUGGUUCAAGAAUGAUCUUCCACUCUGCAACAGAUUUUGCACUGAUUUGAAACUUCUCGAAAAAUUAGAAAUGCAUGCCAGACAGGAACUGGAACAUGAGACGUUUGCCAAUUACUGACAAGUGGAAUGGUUACAGUAUUUUCAAGUCUUGGUCCUACACACAAUUUUAAUAUACCAGGAAGGUUCAGCUUUAUGAUUAUCCUAUACCUUUACUUACUUUUGGGAAUCUCAUUCAUUCCACACCUUUAUGCGCUAAGCUGACAUCUAAUGCUAAAUAGGAUUAUCAAACAAGAUUCUUGUAAUACAGUUUUCAGCUUUUGACACUACAGACUUGCUUCCACAGUAUGUCACUUGAAGACUGUAGCCUAUUUCAGUGUUGAUUGUAGUCUCUGGUCACUGUGAAGGAUGGCCAACUCUCCAUAGGUUUUUCUUUGGCUUCAAGUUGACAGGGGACUGAUGACUUCAGAUGUGAAGUCCCAUAGUGCUCAAAGCCAUUUUCUGAAGUUGAUGAUAUUGUUUGGAAAAGAACCAAAUGUGUCUCAGAUGCAUUGCAUGUGUUCAGUUUCUGUCAUUUAUGUAGUCUGAUGAAAGUAUGCAGUCUGGACUAACAAGUAUGUUGUUAUAGUGUGAAGUUUUCCUCCCACUGAAAUUUGUUAUUCCUCAGGAUAGUGCAUUUGAACCAAAGCUGUUGAUAUUAAAUGUAAUUUUUCAUGCACUCUUUGUGAUGAAAUUUAAGACCAAAUUCUAAUCCAACGGCAAUUAAUUUCAACAGUAUUCUCAUUUUAAGACUGAGAUACUUUGGGAAUAAUUUGAGGAACCCAGUAAAAUGAUGUAGUGCCAUCUUAGGACAGUUUGUUUUCCAUUUCUCUGCACACGAGUCACAUAAUAUACCAUUGACAUUAUUAUUUUUUAGUAUAAAAGGAUGUGGGGUGUCAGCUGUGACUAGUGAUUAGAAGCAUAUGCAUAUCAUAGCUAACUACAAAAAGGGUAACAGAAGUGAACCACAAAACUAUAAUCCAAUGUUAUUAACACUCAUCUGUUCCAGAAUCAUAGAACAUACUAACUCAGAUGUGAUGUGAUCCCGAAAACAAUGUUAAUGUGAAACUCGGUUUGCACUUACCUCACAAGAUAUCCUGUACACCAUGGAUCAAGGCAGUUGGGUAGAUACAGCAUUUAUUAAUCCCCAGUAAGCAGUUGUCUCAGUUCCACACUAGUGACGUUAAUAAAAGUGCUACCAUAUUGGGUAUCAAAUGAAAUUUGUGAAUGGAUUGAGGUUUUCUAGGUAGAGAGGGUGCCGUAUAUUACCUUGGCUGGUGAGUCAUUGACAGAUUUGGAAGUAACUUCAGGUGUGCCUCAAAUGAAAGCUACAAAUUUUCUUUGAGACAUAGGCCUAACUGAUAUUUAUUAACAAGAUGAGAAGUGACACGGCCACUUUGAAGAUAACAGCGAUCUAGAGUUAACCAUAAGCACUGUAUACAGUGACAUGCUGCAGACUCAGGAAUGUGAUCUUUAACAUUAUAUGCAUGAAUCAAAAUAGGAUAAGUAAAAAUGCCAUUAAAAAGAGGUAGACCUUACAAAUGGGUGCACAGUGAAAUGUUAGUUCAAAUUAUAAAUGCUAGCUCUCAAAUAGGUGUGUGCAACAUAUGCAUUACACAAUAAAGUAUAUUGAAAGCAGUUUCUCAGAACAUGAAAAAAGCCACAGGCACAAUAGGCUCACUACUAUUUUUAAUGGGUAUAACUUAUCAUAAUGCUAGCAGUCAUAAAUAUGCACAUUCCUUUUAGAUCAAUCAGAAGAUGAUCAUUAUGAUUGAAACCAGUCAUGGAAUGAAGCAAAUGCUUGUGUUCUUAGGCUGUUGUAGUUUAUACAAGUGUACUGAUUCUAGAUGGUUAAAUUUCUAAAAUUCUGAGGCUAAUGUCAAGAAUAAGGACACUUCUUCUCUGCUGUACAUGGGUUGACAUUAUUGUUUACCCAUUAGAAGUGCAAGAAUAAUUUUUAGUAUCCAGUGAGGGACCAAGGAAAGAGACAGUGUAUACAAUCCAGUCGCAUAAAUAUGGCAACCACCUAUGAUUGACAUCAGCGUGCGAUAACCACUCACAGAUGGCAGGUGACGGCACUAGCUGUGGAGGGUAUAUAAAGUGUAUCACAGGGAUGCAGAAACCGUGCAGUCAUUGCCAUAAUGCGGAAAUGCAGUGACAUACCUGAAGUCCAGAAGAGGAAAGGUCGUUGGCUUUUGGGCCAAUGGUGGAAACAUUUCCGAAACAGCUAAGUUUGUAAACUGUCUGCAUGCCACUGUGGUUAAAGCAUACUGCGCAGGACAAAAUGACGCUAUCUGAAACCGGCACCAAGGCUGUCAUAGUGCACCACAGGCCAAAGCUGACAGAGGUGAAUGAUAGUUGCGGAGAUGUGUACAUGUGAAGAUGUGCAACUAUUUUUGAGCAAAUGACUUCCCAGAUGAACCGAGGAGCUAUCAACAGUAUCUCCUCAAUGGUGGUUUAGCGUCUGUUACUGUGGAGCUCCACAGCAGGCACCUGGUUUAUGGGCCCAUGCUGACUAUUGUUCAUCGGUGAUGAAGACUGGGAUUUGCAUACCAAUACCACAGCUGCGCAUCCACUGAGUGGUGAUAGGUGGCCUUUUCAGAUGCAUCACAUUUUAUGCUACAUCAGACAGAUAUCUGUUGAUGUGUAUGGCAUGAAACCAAAUACCCUGCAGCCAGGAGGGAGUGUUAUGGUCUGGGGAAUGUUUUUGUGGCAUUCCCUGGGUGAUUUCAUCUUUCUGGAAGGCACAAUGGAUCAACAAAGUAUGCAUCUAUCCCCGGGGGGGGGGGGAUCAACUCAUACACACUCUGUUUUCUUUCAGUGUGAUGGCAUCUACCAGCAGGACAGUGCAAUGAGUCACACAGCUUACAAAGUACGUGCAUGACUUGAAGAGCACCAGGAUGAGUUUACGAUACUCACCUGGCCCCAGACUUUCUAAUUUAAACCCAAUCUAAAAUCUGUGGGACCGUCUUGACUGGAUUUUCAACUGAGGUACCUAGUGCAGCUGGGUACAGCACUUGAGUCAAUAUGGCUCCACAUCCCAAUCGAUACCUUCCAGAACCUCAUUGGCACUCUUUCUGCACGUCUUGUGUCGCAAAAGACUUUUUCAAGGUGGUGACAUUAAUGCGACUGGACAUUGUAUAUUGGUACUGAAUUUGUAACCAUUGGAUUUUAAUUAUUUGUGGGUACAUUAUAUUAUGGGGGGUUCUCUUAAAUUGCCACCAGAGAGCUUCAACCUUUUUGUUUCCUACUGUACUGGAAUUAAAGUUGUGUAAUAGCCAGCUGACCUGUAUGUUCCCUGAGGUUUAGGGUAGUUUGGAAUAUGAUACUGUGAUUGUUAAUUUGUGAAGCUAAUGAAUGCAAUGUGACAAACUAUUUUUUGGGUGGAUGGUUUUGGUGACAAGCUUAUCAGCGGUGUAGUCUGAAAUCUAGGUUAGCUUGUAAGGUCACAGGUGGAUUGUGAGCUGGCAAAGACAAUGAAUACUUCGUAUUAUUUGUAUUGUAAUUUUGUUCACUAAGUUAUUUUAUUUGUUAUGGCGAAUAUCCUGUGAACUUUUGGGAUUGUGUUUACAGUGUUUUUCAGAUUUUUGUGGUUAUAUUCAUGUCACAAUUUCAUACAAUCGCUUCAUCUCAUCCCUAUCAAACAUGUCGUCUCCUUUCUGCUCUCCUAUUGGAUGCUUAUAUCCAACAGAUGACCCACCCCUUUGUUUCCUCAUUGCAGCUCAUCGCAAGUGCUACCAACAUUGAUUCUUGAAACACACACACCUGUAAUCCAGACAGAGUUCUUUCCCAGUGUUGUGUCCUUAAUCAAAAAAAUCUGCUGGUUACAUGGGACCACACAGCUGUAAGAACUGCCUGCGUGGCCGUAUUAUGGCUGACACAAACAAAAGCAAAUUUGUAGAAAAUGGAGUAUCUAAUGAUGUAACACAGAAUGGAUUUGGGGAUAUUGAUGGAAUACCUUCUAUGCCGUGGUUUGGGAUGGACAUUGGCGGGACACUAUCAAAGUUAGUAUAUUUUGAACCAAAGGAUAUCACACCUGAUGAAGCUGAUGCAGAAGUUGAAGCAUUAAAGAAUAUCCGAAGGUAUCUCACUAAGAAUUCUGCUUAUGGGAAGACCGGGCACAGAGAUACCCAUUUGCAAAUGGAUAAUGUUAUCAUCAGGAGGAGAAAAGGAACCUUACAUUUCAUCAGAUUUCCAACCAGUGAAAUGGGCAAUUUCCUUGCCCUAGCAAAGGCAAAAGGCAUGGCAACCUUAGUUACAACAGUUUGCGCCACUGGUGGUGGUGCAUACAAAUUUGAAAACAAUUUCCAUCAGGAGCUGAACAUGAAACUGGCAAAAUUUGAUGAGUUGGAUUCACUUAUUAAAGGCAUGCUUUACAUAGAAGCAAAUAAUCCUAAUGAAUGUUACUAUUGGGCAAACCCAACUGAUGAUGAAAAAUGUCAGAAACGCUUAUUUGAUUUCAGUGACCCAUAUCCAUUCAUGAUAGUAAAUAUUGGAUCUGGAGUGAGUGUUCUGGCAGUUUAUGGGCCAGAUAAUUACAAGAGAGUAUCAGGAACAAGCUUAGGUGGUGGUACAUUCCUGGGACUUUGCUGCUUACUGACAGGCUGUAAUUCUUUUGAGGAAGCCAUUGAACUUGCAACUGGUGGAGACAACACACAAGUGGACAAACUUGUGAGAGAUAUUUAUGGUGGAGAUUAUGACAGGUUUGGACUCCCUGGAGACCUUGUUGCUAGCAGUUUCGGUCAUAUGAACUCCAAAGAGAGGCGUGCUAAUGUGUCAAAACAGGAUCUAGCUCGAGCUACUCUGGUAACAAUAACAAAUAACAUUGGCUCCAUUGCUCGUAUGUGUGCAGUUAAUGAGAAGAUAGAUAAGGUAGUCUUUGUUGGCAAUUUCUUGAGGGUAAACCCUAUAUCUAUGAAAUUGCUAGCACAUGCUAUGGAUUACUGGUCAAAUGGGACUCUAAAAGCACUCUUUCUGGAGCAUGAGGGUUAUUUUGGUGCUGUUGGCUGCCUUCUGCAAUUUGACAACAAGAUCAGCUGAGCAUUGUUUUCUGCUAGGCUAAAAGAAGCACAAGCAUUCCUGUGAUGUAUGGAGACUACACUCCCCCUAAAAUAUUCCAGAAACUUAGUCUUAAGUUAUAUAAAAUAUAUGUAAAUACCUGAUAUUAUAAUUGCCCGAGUGAUAUGGAGAAACUUGUUAUUCUCCUUUACUGCCAGAGUAUUGCGGCUUUGUAUAAUUAUUGCACAUACAAAAUGAACCACGCACUAUAUUUUUUCAGUGCUAAUGUACAUUCGAUAGUUAAAAAUUGGGGUUUUGUAGAACUAUAUUACCAAUACAAUAAUAACUGUCGUGUUUAUAGUUAUCAUUGCAGUUUAUUGUCAUUUCUGUAACAGUGUCCAGAGCACAUAACAAAAGCAUUUUCUGCAUUAUGAUUGUAGUUUUGUAUACCUUAUAAUACUGUACAAUGUCAGUGGAAUCCAUUGUUCGCAUAAUCGAACUCCUUAACUUCUCAUUUUGAGAAUAGAAACACCAGUUGUUGAUGGAAGUUACUACAAAUGUUAAGCAGUAUUUAUUUUAUCUGUGUGACUGUUAUUCAGUGAAUGCCACAUUAUUUUUAUGGGAGUUAGGGUAUUUAAAAUAUAUAUUGUGGUGAUACCAUAUUUCGAAAUAUUGUUGCUUUCAUGUAAUGAUGCAGGUUCAUAUUUUUAUUGUACAGUAAUAGUGUUCUUACUUAGUGUGUUAUAAAUAUCUUGUACAACCUCCCACAUAAUUUCUCCAUUGUUUUUAUGCAAAGCCUCUUUUUUAAAAUUUUGAGACUUCGAAUGUAUACGUUGUAAAUGUCUGUUAAACUUUGUCCUAUUUAUUGAUUGUUUAUGGGAGAUGUAUUCAGCAUCAAAGUAUGCAUUAGAGUGUAACCCAAUAUAUUUGUAAAUAUUAUAUGGAAUAUGAAUGGUUUUGUUUAUAUUUUUAUGUAAAGUUUUGUAUAAAUCUUUUAUUGUUGAAAUAUAAUUUAUUGUUAUUUAA